AUGGGAUUUAGGGAACCUCCUGCACCCAAGGACCAAACACGCACAGUUCCGGAAAAUGAAAGCAAUAUCCUUAAUGAAACUAAUCACAAGGAGUCGUUUCUUGUGGAUGUCGAAAAUGUUAGCACAAGCUCUAGUAGCGCUGACAAUAUUUUCGCGGAUCCGAAUGUUGCGAACUAUUAUUCAUCCAUCUAUGAAAAAUGUCAGUACGAAUGUCGGCACCUAUUCGAUCCUGAGUUUACCUGGAGCCAAAAAGAGGAAAGAAAAGUCAGGUGGAAGAACGACUGGUACGUUACAUUUUGGACGUUUUUCAUGUUCACUGCGCUGGACUUUGACAGAAGUAACAUAUCUCAAGCUCUCGCCGAUGACAUGCUAGAAAAUCUGAACUUGACGACAAAUGACUACAAUACUGCGAAUACUAUCAACUUAAUUUGUUUUCUAGCAUCCGAGUUACCUUCCCAACUUAUUUCUAAGAAAAUUGGAGCAGAUGUUUGGAUUCCAAUGCAGAUUUGCUUAUGGAGUUUUGUAUCUAUUUCUCAGGCCGCAAUAAAAUCUAAGACUGGGUUUUAUGUCACAAGAGCACUGUUGGGAGCGAUGCAGGGCGGUUUCAUCUGCGAUGUUUGCUUGUGGAUGAGCUAUUUUUUUACCUCCAAAGAGCUUCCCUUCAGGCUUUCGCUGUUUUACAUAGCAAACCCAAUGACUACGGUUUGGAGUAGUUUACUCUCAUUUGGGCUUUUGAAAAUUAAGACGGGAGGUCUGAUGAACCAGUCCUGGAGAUGGCUGUUUCUCAUUGAGGGAAUUUUCACCCUCAUUGUUGGUGUUGCAUCUUUCUUUAAAAUGCCCCCUUCACCAGCACAAACCAAGGCGUGGUACCGCAAGAAAGGUUGGUACACCGAUCGCGAAGAAAAGAUUGUGGUUAAUAAAGUGCUUAGAGAUGACCCCACUAAAGGUGAUAUGCAUAAUAGACAGCCCGUUCGACCAAAAGAGCUCCUUAAAACUCUUCUGGACUAUGAUUUAUUGCCAAUUUAUAUUGUCCGCUUUUUAGGUGACAUCGGAUCAACGCCUGCUAAAUCGUAUAUGACAUUGACCUUAAGAAAGUUGGGAUUUUCAACAUAUAAGACAAACGCCCUUUCCAUUCCCUACAAUAUCAUUGCAGUUAUCACUAUGCUCCUUGCUGGAUAUUUCUCGGAGGUUGUGAAUCAAAGAGCUCUUAUAAUCAUGGGGACACCAAUAUGGGUUUUGGUAUUUUUGUUUCCUCUCAGGUACUGGCCCGGUUCUCAAGUUGAUGUUUGGGGAACUUAUGCAAUUUUAACUAUUUUGCUCGGACAAGCUCCCAUAUGGCCGCUCACUAUUAGCUGGUGUUCCGCAAAUUCAAAUUCUGUGAGAACUCGUGCUGUUUCGGCUGCAGUUGUUAACAUCUUUUCACAAGCUUCUAACAUUGUGUCAGCAAAUAUUUAUAGGGACGACGAUAAGCCAUUGUAUCACCGCGGUAACGAAGCUCUGAUUGGAACUGCGUUCGCGGCAAUUGCCUCCUGUCUAUUUGCAAAAUUUUACUAUAUUUGGCGUAACAAGCAAAAAGAUAAUAAAUGGAGUACACUCUCAGAAGAGGAAAAGAGUUAUUAUCUUGCAAAUACCACAGACCAAGGGAACAAGAGGCUAGACUUCAGGUUUGUUCAUUGA